AUGAUGAAGGGUGCGAGCAGCUCAAAGGGCUACAGCCCCACCCCCCUGAAGUUCAUGUUCUCAGACUCCAAGUAUGCACGCCAAUCAAAAUACUCGCUAGCUGGUACGUUUUUGCUGGGGAUAGUCUGUGGAUUCUUCAUAAGCUGGCACAGAUCUCCAGCUCUAGUCUCGGGUCCAGCUCAGAUCGCUCUGGGGUCUUCCGUAGCGUCCAACAUCAGGGUUCUAGACGAUGAGCUCUUUCUGGGGCCCCAGGAAGGCGAUCAGCGGCCGGCACGUUUGGCGAAGUACGAGCUUAAAGUCCCCGACUACCAGCACGUGUACGACAAGUCGUGGCUCGACGGCGGCUACCCCAAGGCAAGCUGCUGGGGCUGCCGCUUCGCCGCUGACGUCAUCGCCCGCAUUCCCGCGCACACGAUCCUCGACGCCGGGGCCGGGAACGGAGUGUUGCUGCGCCAGCUUCGCGCGCACGGGAAAAGCGCGUGGGGGAUCGAACUGAGCCAAGCAGUGCUCGACGCUGACUGCCCGGAUCUGCUGGAAAGCGGGAUCGUCAAACAGGGCAGUUUGACGAACCUGCCGUACGAGGAUAACCAGUUCGAUCUGGUUUUCUCCGCGGACGUUUUGGAGCACAUCCGGCCGUCCGAGGUGGACCGCGUUGUCCAGGAGCUGGUGCGAGUCAGCCGGCGCCACCUGUUCUUAAGUAUCAGUCUCAAGGGACACACAAAGGUGCGCGCUGGCAGUAAUGAGGAGGCCAACCGGCACACGAUGCUGCGGCCACGUCACUGGUGGGAGGCCAAGUUCCGGGAGCACGGCGCGGUGCUGAACCGGGAACUAGUAUGGGCGCUCCAGGAGAGAGACGGGCACUUCACCGAUAAAGAUAUGAGGGACUGCCGGACGGAAGGCGUUGCGGACGACGGUGGGAACUACCGGGUGUGCGUUGUGGACAGUCCGUGGCUGGUGGGCAGCCGUGAUCAGGAGAAUCUGCGCAAGGACCGGUGCAUCACUCCGGACAACGGGGAACUCGAGCCCUGGUUCUUCGCCUUCCGGAAGCUCAGGUAGCCAGACGAAGCGGUAAUCGAACUUUGGAGGACUGUCAAACUGUGUUGGGAUACAUCUCAGUGCUUGGGCCCGGCGCGCGGGGAUUGGAAAAAUC